GCCCCCUCCGCAGCUGCGGCCCGGCCGGCAUCAUGCUGCGAAUUUCUGUCCUGCGGCUGCUAGGACGCCCGGGAACGAGUGGAGUCUCGCUCCUGGAGUAUUCCAGCCCACGCCACUACAGUUCGGGCCCUCUCGGUGCCCGCGACGAUGCUCGCGGCGCGCGCGCCUUCUUCACGACACCCAUUUUCUACGUGAACGCGGCGCCGCACAUCGGACACCUGUAUUCGGCGCUACUGGCAGACGCCCUGUGCCGCCACCGUCGCCUCCGAGUUCCCAGCGCUGCCGCAACGCGAUUCUCUACUGGUACCGACGAGCAUGGCCUCAAGAUUCAGCAAGCAGCAGCCGCUGCGGGCCUGGCCCCCACCGAGCUGUGCGACCGAGUGUCUGCCCAGUUCCAGCAGCUUUUUCGGGAGGCUGGGAUCUCCUCCACCGACUUUAUCCGCACCACGGAAGCCCGGCACCGGAUCGCUGUGCAGCAUUUCUGGGGACUGCUGAAGGCCCGGGGUCUGCUCUAUAAGGGGCUCUAUGAAGGUUGGUAUUGCGCCUCCGAAGAGUGCUUCCUGCCUGAGGCCAAGGUCACCCGGCAGUCGGGUUCGUCAGGGGACUCGUGUCCUGUAUCUCUAGAGAGUGGGCAUCCCGUAUCUUGGACCAAGGAAGAAAACUACAUUUUCAGGCUUUCUCAGUUCCGAGAGCCGCUUCAGCGGUGGCUGCGGGGCGACCCUCAGGCAAUCACUCCCGAGCCAUUUCAUCGCGCAGUUCUUGAGUGGCUGGAGGAGGAGCUGCCGGACCUUUCUGUCUCUCGGAAGAGCAGCCACUUGCAUUGGGGCAUUCCUGUGCCCGGGGACGAUUCGCAGACCAUCUACGUAUGGCUAGAUGCCUUGGUCAACUACCUUACUGUAAUUGGCUACCCAAAUGCUGAGUUUAAAUCUUGGUGGCCAAGCACCUCUCAUAUCAUAGGCAAGGACAUUCUUAAAUUCCAUGCUAUCUAUUGGCCUGCCCUCCUUUUAGGGGCCGGCAUGAGCCCACCACACCGCAUCUAUGUCCAUUCUCACUGGACGGUCUGUGGCCAAAAGAUGUCUAAAAGCUUGGGUAACGUGGUGGAUCCCAGGACUUGUCUUGAUCGCUAUACUGUGGAUGGCUUCCGAUACUUUCUUCUUCGGCAGGGCGUCCCCAACUGGGACUGCGAUUACUAUGAUGAAAAGGUGGUUAAGUUGCUAGAUUCUGAGCUGGCAGAUGCUUUGGGAGGUCUCCUGAACCGGUGCACUGCCAAAAGAAUAAAUCCUUCUGGGACCUACCCGGUUUUCUGCACUACCUGCUUUCCCAGUGAGCCAGGGUUGGUGGGGCCAUCAGUUCGUGCUCAAGCAGAGGACUAUGCUUUGGUCAACGCAGUGGCCACUUUGCCCAGGCAGGUAGCUGACCACUAUGAUAACUUUCAGAUCUAUAAGGCUCUGGAGGCAGUGUCCAGCUGUGUCCGGCAAACUAAUGGCUUUGUCCAAAGGCAUGCACCAUGGAAGUUGAACUGGGAGAGCCCAGUGGAUGCCCCCUGGCUGGGUACUGUGCUUCACGUGGCCUUGGAAUGUUUGCGAGUCUUUGGAACUUUGCUCCAGCCUGUCACCCCAAACCUAGCUGAUAAGCUGCUAUCCAGGUUGGGGGUCUCUGCCACAGAGAGGGGCCUUGGAGAGCUCUGUUUCUUGCCUCGAUUCUGUGGACAUCCAUGUCCUUUUGAAGGGAGGAGGCUGGGACCUGAAACUGGGCUCUUAUUUCCAAGACUAGACCAGUCCAGGGCCUGGCUGGUAAAAGCCCAUAGGACUUAGAAAUUUAGUUCUUAAUCAGCUUGUGGUAAAAAAGCAAAUGUGUUAUCUUCUUAUUUUGCAUUUUCAGGAAAGUUAUACUAAUGUUUUCUAAAGUGUUGCAUCAUAUGAGCACAUAAUGUCCUUGUGAAAAGAGGUUUGUCGCCUUUCAGGUGCCUACCCCCUACUCUUCGGUUUCCCUGUGCCCAUUAACCACUAUCCUUUGUACACCAGUGUCUCUAAGAUGUCUUCAGGGUAAAGAUGGGUAGGAGAAAACUUUGCUGACAUUAUUCCUUCUCAUUGUGCCUCCUUCCAAGCCACAGUUAAUGUUAUUUGCCCAGACUACCUCUUAAGGGCUUUUCAUUGGCCUGGCCUCUGCUGGACAAAUGAGUGAAGAGUGGGGGUUGGAGGCCCCCUACCUCAGCUUUUAGUAGUCCAACUUUGUUAUAUAUGUUGGGUUUCCUCUUAGAAAGAGAUUCUUUUAUUAAACCUUUAAAAACUAGUGUCCUGGAUUAGAUGGUUUUUGCCCAUGUUUAUGUUUUCAGUUCCUACAACUAUAACUGUACUUUUUUAGUUAAUAGUCUGGUAGUUGUGCUUUGUAACAUUACACUUCAACCAGUAGAUGGCCCUAAAGUCUCACAUAUUUAAUUACUUGGCAUUGACAUUUCAGAAUAUUUAGAAUAAAUUAGUUUUCUGCUUUCUAAUUAUGCAGAAUUUAAAUUUAAGGAAGAAAUUUUAUUGCUUUUCUUAAAAUAAGGGAUGACUGUAGCCAUUACUGUUUUACAUAAAGUAAUAAAAAAAGAUCAGAAUCCUUUUUUUUCAAACUACUGAAAAAGGACAUUUACUCUAUUAAAUGUUUAGUAAGCUAAUAAGUAAAUGUAUCAAAUUUGUUUGGACUAUCUGUGAUAAAUUAUAAAGCUCUCGAGGUAGUUGGUAUGUUAAAAUUUUUAAACUUUAAUAACAUUAGGUUUACAGAUAAUGAUUUAAAAAUCUGUAAACAGUUCAAAAUAGUUACAUUUUCUUUUUAUUUCUUGGUCAUAAUUUUGUCACCACAUAUAUAAUUUACCUUAUAUGAUUUCUUUUGGUCAAUCAGAAUCUAUAAUACAAUAUAGACAUUGUGUGAAUAGUUCUAAAUGUUAAUACAUUUAUUUUCAAGUACUUUUUACUGAUUAUUUCUUUUGCUUUGUUAAGUUAUUAAAGUUUAAAAGUUUGUGAGUACCUUAUUCAGAUCUGUUCUGUUGAAUUUGUUGAAGGUGAUGGUGAAGGGAGGAAAUGAUCAAUGCUCCAGGAAUCUCAAACUGGAUUUAGGGAUCUCUCCAAGGCUCCAUAAGAGAACAUCACAGAGAAGAUGUUAAGAUUACUCACCAUAGAUUUUAAAGUCCACAACUCCUCACUUAAGAACGGGAAGGUAUGAGAUGUCAGGAUGUUUCAGGAAACAAGUGUGCCAUCUGCAAGAAGAAAAUUAGAGCUCCCAGGAGAGAUGAGCCCUGCUUUCAAGUUAUGAAGGAUUUUUGGAUGAAACAUCUGCAGAGAUCCUCAGACUCACUGGGUAAGCUGGAGGGACAGCUCUAGGAAUAACUGGAAAUGGAUGAUGCCACCUUUCUUAGUGUAUGGCAUGGGGAAAAUGGUACUAUCCUUACUGUGCUACCGUUCCUAAGGCCAUGCCUUGUGCAUGUACCCUUCAUAGUUGACAGUCACUGGAUUAUGGGAUUUAACAUGAAGAUAAACUUCAAAAACUAGUUUAUGAUUGUGUAAAGAUUAGAAUUUCUGUUUUCUUAGUACAUUGAAUAAAAAUACAACUACACAUUUUUUCCUCAAAAUAUUUUAAAAAGUGUAAUAACUUACUUUGGAAAACAUUAAUAAGAUAGUUUCAGUAAUUUGGCUUCCUUUGAGCUAGUCUAGAAGAGGUCCUCUUGGUUAAAAAGCUAUAAAUAUUAAAGAUAUAAAGUUAAGAAUGUUACACACUUUGGGUUAAAUCACUAAAAUAAUACAAAUAGAAUGUAUUUCUUUCAAGCCAGAUGAAAAAUGUUUAAAACUCAAUCCAACAGAAGACAGGAAGGAGAAAAAUGAAAAAUAUGGUAAAAGAAAACCCAUAAUAAGACGUAGAAAUAAGUAUAAUUACAAAUAUUUUAGAAUUGUAAUAAAUAUCACAGGAUGAAUCUUCUUUCAAAAGACAGCAAUGUUCAUGCUUGAAUUAAAAAGUUAGCUAUAUGUAGUUAAAAAGUAUAUACUUAGAAAAUGAGACAUGAAGAAACACUAGGCGUAUAAAUAAACCAAAAGAAAAGCUGGUACUGUAAUAUUAAUAGUAGAUAGUCUAUAUAGAGAGGGAAAACCAUUAUUAAAGAUAGAGUGAGACUUAAUAUAAAGGAAUAAUGCACCAACAGGAUAUAACAAUUAGGAACUUGUAUGAUCUAACAACAUAGUCUCAAAAGGUAAAAGGAUAAAAUUGAAAAUAACAAAUGUUAAAGUCUGCAAAAAAAUGAAAUCACCAUUCAUGAGUUCAGAGAGAUUAGGCAAUGAGAAAGUAAAAAUUUAAACUAGACAUUAGUACUUCAGUCUUUAAUGUUCACUACCAAGUGUAUCAUUACUGCUAAGUGUAGAAAAAAAUAAAAAUUUUAUAGCAGGUAAGGUUUUAUGACUCUAAAACUUUGACCAUUUCCAUAUACGCCUCUGUGAAAAUAUCUUGCUUUUUAAAUAGAAAUGUUAGCAAAUAUACCUGUUCAGUAAGUCCUCUCUUUGGAUUUAAGGGGAGAAUCCCAUGGUCAUAAUUUUGCCACAUUUUUUCAUUGUUAGUUCACAGUAACAAACAAAGGUGAAGGGAGAGAACCAGUGGUUCUAUGUUCCUUGAUUGUGUUCUCUCAUUUUUUUUCCCCAUCAACUCUGAAGUAUUUUUCUUUCUCUGUUUAGUUGGGGCACAGAGAGAUUAAGUAAUUUGGCUAGGUUAUAGCUUGUAAAACAGAAGAGCCUGGACUCAGAUUUGUCUUGAUGCCAGAGCUGCAGCACCAACACCACAACCAACACAAUCAUAGAGUAUACUAAGGGCAUUGUAUUGUGGGAAAGAGGAAGUAGUAUAAUCAGAGCCAAAGAUCUGAGGAUGAAAAGUCUCAAUAAGAACCCUUAAUUGAAAUAAAGCAAUGAGUGUUUCAAGAUGAGGAAUUAUUCUUGAUAGCUAGAUUAUGAAAUCGAUGAGUGCCAACACAGAAACUUAGGAAAAAUACUCACCUUUAUCAUGAAAUAUAUUUCUCUCUUGCUUUCAUCAUGAAGUAUGAUGUAUUUCUCUCUUGCUUUCGAUAGUUUCCUUUAUAUCCUAAGCCUGCUUAUGUGUGCUGGUGUAAAAUUGUUAAAUAUUUCAAUAACUAUAGGUCUCUUUUUCUUUUCCUUAAGAUUAUUUUGUUAUUUUCAGAACACUGUUCCAAAUUCUUGAAUCCAACAGUUCUCUAAAUAAAAGUAUGCUGUCAUAAAUUUAUGAAUCUAAGUAUUUUGAAAUACCAUUUUACUAAUACUAUAAAUACACAUUUAUCUCUAAACAUGAAAACAUGCCAAUAUUCAAAAGUUUUAUUUGAAUUGACUAUUAUAGUAACCAAGCCAGAGAAUUUUAUUAGAGCUUACAAACACCGAAACUUUUUCAUUUCAUACAUACAGUUUUAAAACAAGUGACUUAUGAAAAGACUCAUCUAUUUACUAACAGUUUAAGUUCUAUGAAUUUACUGAACAUUUAUUACUGUAUUCUUAGGUCCUUUCCUAAUAAGCCUGCAGAAACCAGAUUAAAUGCCCUUUGACUCAGUUAUUACCAAAGCAAAUACCACCUGUUAGCUAAAAUGCUACAUAUUGAAUAAUUCCUGGUAAAUUAUUUCAUAGAACAUGAAGACAUGUUCUAACUUCCCUAAUUAGAGAUUUUAUUAUGAACUGCACAAAAUGUCAUAUUUUACAUUUUUAAUGAAACAUAGCUAUUAUCUUGGACAUAGGCUACACCCUUGAAGAAGUGUGAUGAAACUUAUUUUUAUAUGGAUCUUUAAGCUAUCAUUUAAAUUUUAGUUUUAUAAAAAUGUAUAAAAAAGUAUUAAAGUCCUUGCUAACUUGGAAGCCAAGAACACCUACAUCUUUAUUCUAUGUUUUAAAUAAUUUCUUCAGAGCUAUGUUUAAAUUCAAGUUACAAAGUCCAAGUUAGCAAGGCAUGAUGGGUACUUUUUUUUCAGUAUUUUUUGCAUGGUAGAUUAUGACUUGUUAAUACAAUCAGACUGGUGUAUUAUAAAAAGUAUAUAGCAUUUAUAAUAAACUCUUAAAAAUAUAUAUAUAGAAUUUUUUAGGUUGUCUUUGAAAGUCACUUACUGAAGCAAUUUAUAAAGGCUUUCAUUAAGCAAAGAAUCUUCAGUCCUGAAUUUACUGCAUUAACUUUUUAUAUUUAAAUUUCUGUAAAACUUAUUUUAUGGAAACUCCCUACAUUUUUUAAAAAGCAAACAUUUUAUUCCUGAGUUCAGUUUCAUUUUAUAACUCAUCACUGGAAUGUAAUUAAAUAAAUCAAGUAACAAUGUGUAAGAAGCCUAUUUUGGUAUUAGAGAAGAAAAAUGUAAGCACUGAGAUGAAUUAUUGAAAAUAUGUAUGGUUCAUUGCAUGAAAACUGAUGGUUGGAUUUCCACACCAUUUAAAAUAUGGAAGGAGUAUUUUUUGCUGAAUAUAAAGGAAAAAAAUUUAACGUUCAUUGUGACAUUGUGUGACCUAGCAUUAAAAAAUAAUUUGUUAGUUAAUAAUCCUCAAACUAGAAAUAUUUUUUAUUUAAAUGUUGCCCACAUAAAAAUCAGCCUCUAGGAGGUAGUUAAUUUAUAGCAAAUUUUAAAUAAAACAUUUUUGUUUUAUUGUAACUGAUGUCAUAAAAUUAGUUUUCUAUCCUAAGGAGACUAUAUAGGACUUCUUCCUUUUUCCAUAAUCUAUGGAGACCAUCUAAAAGUAGGGCUAUCCAUUCUGGAGCACAAAAGCCAAUAUAAAUGUAUAACUAACUAUGUGUAGCUAAGUGUAAAAAUUAGAAAAUCAACCUGAUCUCAGAAAAGCAAAGGAAAAACUGCUUAACAUCAAGAGUAGUGAGAAGGGGACUAGCCAAGGUCAACCAAGUUAUCAAAACCCAUCAUUAGUAAGUCUGUAGAGGUAGAUGUUUUAAAUACUCAUAAGUGAAGGUAGAUUAUGUUUGAUCUCAAGAGUUUUAAACAAGUCAUUCUCUAAAGAUAGACACAUAGGGCACAGGCAUAAAAAUCUAACUGGUAAAACAUUGUUGCUGAAUUUAUUUUCAUUUUUCCUUUGGCAUAGACAUUUAGGAUAUUAUAUGUGUUAUUUUAAUUGAAAGCUAUUCUCAUAAACAGUUGGAUAUAGCCUGAAUAAAAUAAUCCUAAGUUUAACUUUAAUAGUCAGCAUUUAGAUAGUACAGAAAAAAAUUUACUUGUAUUGGUAUCUUUUAAAAAUAAUUUGCACAAUAGGUCAGAUAAUAAGGAUUUUAGAAAGUUUAUGUGUUGCUAAAAAUAUUUAAGUGUAUAUACUGUAUAUAGUUUGCUUGCUUUGGUACCAAAGUUAGACAUGUUAAAAACAAAGAUCCUAAAUAUGAUUAUCAAGAAACACAUUGAAAGUAUUAAAACCAUCUCAAAUUGUUGAUGUAUACUUUAAAAUUAUUAUCCUUUAGAUGUUUUUCUCUAAAACAGCAAAGGAAAAAAAAUACACUUUUUUGGUAAUACUUUUUGUGUUAAGUAUUUCCUUUAUAUAGUAUCAUUGGUCAUUUCAGAACUGUAUGAGACUAAGGAUGAAAGUUUAUAGUCUCUAUAUCUUUGUCCAUUUUGAUAUCCUGAUUUGUAGCAAAAAGGACCUUGAUAGUUAAAAGCUAAAACAUUUAUCUCUUUAAGGUAUUAAAUUUGUUUUUGCUAUUAUUGGUAUCUUACAUUCUCUGUAAAAUAAGAGCCAAAUAUCACAGUUGAAACAUAACAGCGUUUUGGGUUUUUUUUUUUUUGUUGUUUAUAUUAAUGACUUUCAUACCAUCUCCAUUUUUCUGUAAUUUAUAUCUGGAGAGAAAAAUGAAGUAAUAUUAAUAUAAUCUUUAUGGAAUUGAAUGAAUGCUCUGUGAAAGUAUAUCAGUACGUUUUGGUAAGGAGUACAAUUGCCUAAAAUAAAUUAGCUAAGAAAAAUACUUCAAAUAGAAAUCUUUCUUUGAAGGAAAAUGCAAUUACUCUUGGACUCUUGAAAUUUACGAAAGUUUUAGAACAAAAAUGCCUUGGUAUAUACUGAAUAAGCCCUGAAUAACAAAUAUAGGAUUAAAAUGAAAAUGCCAGACAAGUGGCGUAUUAAAUAGAAUAUUUCAUGAUAUUUUUGACUAGGGCUCUAAUUAGAGAAUACUGGACCUUAACACAUAGCAUGUUACUUUCAGAAUAAAGGUAGCAAAAUAAAAUAUUCUUAUUAGAUGGAGUGGACUUAGGAUGUGCCAGAAUAAUUAAUAUGACCAUGCUAUUACAUUUUAUCUUCCACCUAAAUAUUUUAGCAUAGAAACAUUUUGACAAUAUACUCAAAAAGUAGAUACAUCAGUGGAUAAUUAUUAUCCUUUAUGAGGCAAGAUAAAAAAUUAAGUUAUAAUGCGUUAUCUUUCUAACAUUGUAAGAAGGUUUUAAUAUAUAAUAUUAUAUAUAUAAUAAUAAUAUAUAUAAUUCUUACUCUUUUCCAACAGAAGUGCAAAACUAGCUUUAGUUUUUAUAGUAUACAUGAAAUUAAAAAGUGAAAAAAUAAGACUUUUCUACUAUGUGCAAUCAAAUUUCAAUAAAUGCUAGAAUAAAUUUACAUGUAGUCAAUUUAAGUGUUGCUUAUUUAUAUAACUUUUAAUUGUUUUAUUAUCAAUCCGGUUUUGUAUAUAAGGAAUAUAAUGUUUUUACAGAAGAAAGUUGGGAUAUAUAUUAAACAGCAUUUAAAGAAAAGUUGGCAUGGCCAUUUUUUAAUUUUAAAAAGUUCUACCUAGUGCUCCAUUUUUUAAUUAUAAAAAACUUUCAAUUCUGAAAGAGCAGACAGUCAUAGCUUCUUUGUAUUUAAAAGAUGAAAUAUAAUGUUAUGGGUUAAGUUUUAUUCAAAG